ACUUUGGUCACAGCCGGAAUAGUGGAGACGCAUCAUUCUGCUGAUCGCAGCACCUUCACUUGUUCAGGGAAGCACCGGCACCUCCUUGAUCGCUUCCCUCCUCCCCCCUUUCUUUUUCUUGCCAAUCCCUAUCCCACGACAGCCUCCCAGGAGGAAAUGAGUCUGGGAGGGGAAAGGGAGGACACACCCGCGCAUUCUGUAGCCGGUGCGCACGGAGAUGAUGCCGCUGCAGACAACAUGAGCUGUUCAAUUCGGUACCCAAAAGGAACAUCAAGUCACAUCUACAGAUUUACCAAAACAUGUCUGCAGUCAGAGCCUAGGUGACAUCCUGCAGCCGUCAUGUCUUCACAGUGUUGAGCCCCAUCCCUCAUCUGGCUCCUGCCUGCAGUUCUCCAAGCUGCAGGACUCAAACUCACUGAAAAGUGCAGGUGCCCUCCCCCUGCAGAAUGACUGUUGCCGCGGGCGACCCCUCUGACGAGGCAGCUGCACACCCUGGGCACCCCCAGGACUAUGACCCGGAAGCUGACCACGAGUGCUGUGAGAGGGUGGUCAUCAAUAUCUCAGGGCUGCGCUUUGAGACACAGCUCAAAACCCUGUCUCAGUUUCCAGAGACUCUGCUGGGAGACCCCAAAAAGAGGAUGCGCUACUUUGACCCACUGAGGAACGAGUACUUUUUUGACAGGAACAGACCUAGCUUUGAUGCCAUAUUGUAUUAUUACCAAUCAGGGGGUCGGCUAAGAAGGCCGGUCAAUGUCACCCUUGAUAUUUUCUCAGAGGAGAUCCGCUUCUAUGAGCUUGGAGAGGAGGCCAUCGAGAUGUUCAGAGAAGAUGAAGGCUUCAUCAAGGAGGAGGAACGGCCUCUUCCUGAUAACGAGUUUCAGCGACAGGUGUGGCUGCUGUUUGAAUACCCAGAGAGCUCAGGUCCUGCUAGAAUUAUUGCCAUCAUCUCUGUCAUGGUCAUCCUGAUAUCUAUAGUAAGUUUUUGCUUGGAGACUCUCCCCGUUUUCCGCAACGACGAGGAGGAAAUGCACAAGUCUCAUUCAGAAGUCUUUUUAUCAGAGACAAACACCACAGUCAUCAGCUAUACGUCUACUUACUUCACUGACCCCUUUUUUAUCCUUGAGACACUCUGCAUUAUAUGGUUCUCUUUUGAAUUCCUCGUGCGUUUCUUUGCCUGCCCCAGCAAAGCGGGCUUUUUUGGUAAUAUAAUGAACAUUAUUGACAUUUUCGCCAUCAUCCCUUAUUUCAUCACCCUUGGCACAGAGCUGGCAGACAGACCAGAGGAUGGUCAAGCAGGUCAACAAGCCAUGUCCUUAGCCAUUCUCAGGGUCAUCCGCUUAGUACGAGUCUUCAGAAUCUUCAAGCUUUCUCGACACUCCAAGGGGCUUCAGAUCCUGGGCCAGACCCUGAAAGCUAGCAUGAGGGAGCUUGGCCUCCUCAUUUUUUUCCUCUUCAUAGGGGUCAUCCUUUUUUCCAGUGCAGUCUACUUUGCUGAAGCAGAUGAGCCUGAAUCACAGUUUGAAAGCAUCCCAGAUGCAUUUUGGUGGGCUGUGGUGUCCAUGACAACAGUCGGCUAUGGUGAUAUGGUCCCAACUACCAUCGGGGGCAAGAUUGUGGGUUCCCUCUGUGCAAUUGCAGGUGUACUGACGAUUGCCUUGCCUGUGCCAGUCAUUGUGUCCAACUUCAAUUACUUCUACCAUCGCGAGACGGAAGGCGAAGAACAAGCCCAGUACCUGCAGGCCAAUGUGCCCAAAGCUGAUUCAGCAGAGGAGCUGAAGAAGAGCAGAAGUGGCUCCACCAUGAGUAAAUCAGACUAUGUGGAGAUCCAGGAGGCCAUCAACAACAGCAAUGAGGACUUCCAGGAGGAGAACCUUAAAACAGCCAACUGCACACUGGCCAACACAAACUAUGUCAACAUCACCAAAAUGCUCACAGAUGUGUAGCCGUCAGCCAUUGCCGCUAAACCCUGCAAUGGAGUGUCGAGUGGACGGUACAGUGAGUAGCCUCCCACAUCACAAGUGUUGGAAAACAUGGCUGUAGAGCUCAGAAUGGUGUCUGCGCUCCUCGAUCUUGCAUGGAGUUGGCUUUAUCUCUGUGACUGGUCAAAAAAACAACAGUAACAACAACAACAAAACCACAUUCAAAUAUUUCUGCUCACAACAGUAGUGCACAAAAACAUAAGGAAAGAGAAAAGUUUCUUUCAGGAAAAGACAACACAAAGUUUGCUUUACUCCUUUGUUCCUUGCUCCCUCAUUUCCCAAGACACACUGCUCUGUCAUGCACUUCUAAGGAACCCUAUUUGAGUGCUACAUAUGCUGCUUCCUGGAGCCAAUGGAAAUGAAACUAUCUUUUGUUAAACCAUUUAUAGAUAAAAGUACGCGUGAGCGCUAAUCAAAGGCACUCCGCUGCUUUGGGUGUCGCAGAGUUGUGUUAACAUUGCUGGUAAAGUACAUCGUGUUACUUGAAGGAUGGGUGACAGCCGUUGGCACCAGGCUUAUGGUUCGACACCUUUUUGCCCCCGUAGACAUCAGUAUCUGAUGAACGACGGAGAAUGGCCUUCAACUUUUCACUGCUUUGGUCUUACAUGUAUUGCAAUGCAAGCUUUACCCUCUCAUUCACCCAAACUGGUCUUACUGCAGAGCUUUGAGGACAACUUGAAUGUUUCUUUGCAUUCUCUCACAGGUUCAGACAUAGGGCACUUAUUUUAGAUCACCGUGACUUAACUGAUAGCCGAUAUAGGUAGGUACUAUUCAUAUUGAACAAAACCAGUAGACUACUGCAUGAAAUUUUGAUCUGAAUGAACACUUUCACGAGUUUCUCAAAUGCCUCCUGCUUUGUCACACCGCCAAA